AUUCGAUUCGUAGUAACGGAAGACGAAUAAUCCACUAAAAGUCAUCAUGUACAAGUUUGUGAUUGUUGCUGCCUUAGUGGCCUGCGCAUCUGCUGCACCUGGUCAUCUUGUGGCACCUGUUGUAGCUGCACCAGUUGCAGUUGCACAUGCCGUGCCAGUUGCGCACGCUGUACCAGCUGUACAUUCGGUAGCAGUUGGAAGCACCUACGCUAAUACCUACAAAGCACCAGUUGUCAAGGCUGCACCUGUUGUUGCUGUUCAUCAUGCUGCGGUUGCACCUGCAAUCAUCAAGUCCGCUCCAAUCGUGGCUGCACCAGUUGUUGCUGGACCUGCAAUUGUCAAGGCUGCCCCUCUUCAUGUUGCACAUGCAAUUCCUGUCGCUACCAGCUACGCCAACACCUACAGAGCUCCAGUAGUCAAAACUGCACAUGUUGUUGCUGCACCUGCCGUCGUUGCUGCACCAGCUAUUGUCAAGACUGCCCAUGUUGUACCUGCUGUCAAUCAUGUCGUUGUUCACUUUGAGUUAAUGGAUGAGGCUCAGGGGAGCAGCAUGGGCAGCGUAGGUGAGAGGUGCAGCAUGAGCAGCAUAGGCAACAGGUGCAGCAUAGGUCAGAGGAGCGGCAUGUGCAGCAUAGGCCAAGGGUGCAGCAUGUGCGGCGUAGGUCAAAGGUGCAGCAUGUGCAGCGUAGGCUACAGGUGCAGCUGCAACCAAUGGGCUCCUGACGGAGACCUUGUAGGUGUUGGCGUAGCUGGUGGCAACUGGUACAGAGUGAGCAACAGCAACUGGUGCAGCUGCGACCAACGGUGCAGCAUGAAGGGCUGGAGCCAGGAUGUUGCCGGGUUUGGGUGCAGCAACGGCGCAGGCCACAAGGGCGAACAGUACGGCGAACUUACCAGCAUCAUUCGAUCCUCAAAGUCGAAGCACCAAACACACCCCUUCGUCAUGUACAAGUUCGCCGUACUCUUCGCCCUUGUGGCCUGCGCCGUUGCUGCACCCAAACCUGGUAACAUCCUGGCUCCAGCCCUUCAUGCUGCACCUGUGGUCGCAGCUGCACCAGUUGCUGUUGCUCACUCGGUACCAGUUGCCACCAGCUACGCCAACACCUACAAGGUCUCCGUCAAGAGCCCAUUGGUUGCAGCUGCACCCGUAGCUUACGCUGCACCUGCAGCACCUCUUGCCUAUGCUGCACACGCUGCACCCUUGGCCUAUGCCGCACCUGCAGUCGUUGCUGGACCUGCCUACGCCCAUGCCGCUCCCAUCGUCGCUGGAUACGUUAUGUUCAAGCUGGUUGUCCUGUCCGCCAUCGUGGCUAUUGCUGUUGCUCGUCCUGGAAAUCUGCAUGGAGUUUCGCCACUUCUGGGUAGCUUGAUCUCCGAGAAGACCAUCGAGUCGCAUGGGAACACCGUAGUGCACGGUAGUGCUCCAGUAGUGCAUGCAGCACCGUUGGCAGUUGCACAUGCAGCACCAUUGGCAGUUGCACAUGCUGCACCAUUGGCAGUUGCACAUGCAGCCCCAGUUGCAGUUGCACGCUCUGCCGCACUUGUUGCUGAGAAGACAAUUGAAUCCCAUGGAAACACAGUCGUGCAUAGCUCCGCACCUGUUGUCCACGCCGCACCUGUUGCUUAUGCAGCUGCACCUGUAGCCUAUGCCGCACACGCCAGCCCUGUUGCUUAUGCAGCUGCACCUGCAGUCUACGCUGCACAUGCAGUACCCGUCGCUCACUCCCUCGUCGCUGAGAAAUCCAUCUCUAGCUACGGGCACAGUCUCGUUCAUCACGGCGCACCUGUGGCUCAUCUCACUCACGCUUAUGCCGCACCUGCUGUUUCCGUGUGGUAAAAACUUCCUCGAUUCAGAAAUCAAUCUUUCGUCACUCAACAAAUAACGACUGGACUUCUUCAGCUUGAAUCACUAUAGAUGGGUAUUAGCAUGGCGAUCCUAGGAUAUUUUUUUUUCAUAUUUUUGAAACCAAAUUUUCCAUCAGGAUCCGCCUUGCGCUGCGAACUGAUUUGCAGGCAGUCUUCCAUUGUGAACGAGGCCUAACUUAGCAGUGCGUCUGCACAUACGCGACUGUAUCUACUAGUAAUUAUGUAACGCAUAAAAAAGUAAUUUUCCUCCAAUUACAUUUCGAUCGAAAUGAUAGUUCAAAUAAAUUAUAUUUCCUAUCUAAAUAGA